GGGAGACGAUUCCGACGUGGAUAUGGACGGCAACGACAGUGAUGAACUCGUAUCGGUCAAGGACACCGACAAGAAGAAAAAGAGAAAGAAGAAGUCUUCCUCCUCGUCUUCUGAAUCGGACAGCGACAGCUCAUCCGACUCUUCCUCGAGCUCGUCUGAUUCGGACUCCUCGGAUUCAGACAGCGAUAGCGAUAGCGAUUCUAGCUCGGGCUCGUCGUCCGACUCUAGCAACAGUUCAAGCUCGAGUAGCAAAGAGAAGAACAAACGGAAAGCCAAGAGCGAGCUUCCUCCCGGGAGUUACCUGGACGGGAGCGACCCCUUGGUCAACCUGGCGGACGGGAUGGGCGGACGGUUCAAUUUUCACGACAACUACGAUCCUUUCCUCGACAAGGACGUCGUCUACCGAGCGGUCCGGACUUCCAACUUCAACUGGCCCGUCAACGAAGCUCCUUGUGGGCUGUGCCCCAUUCAAGGGUUUUGUUCCGAGUCUGGACCAGUCAACCCGAUCGGAUGCGAGUACUACGGGAACUGGGACCCGAACGAUUCGUUCAAGCUCAAGCUCGAUAUGCAGGGUCUGCUCGAGAUCUGAGAGCGAGAUCGACGCAUCGAGCACUAUGGCUCUGCCUUUCUGUAUAAUCUCUUUUCUAUAAACGAUGUCUAACGAGCUCUUGGAGAGCAGCCCCAACGAUAUGAUACAUGGUACAUGCAUGA